AUGCCGCUGCAGUUCGAACUGUGCCCGGGCCGGCCAAUCGGCGGGGACCACCCCUGCUUCAUUAUCGCGGAGAUUGGCCAGAACCAUCAGGGGGACCUGGAGACCGCCAAGCGGAUGAUCCGAGUGGCUAAGGUGGGGAGGUGGGCGUGGCCAACGGGGGUGGCAAAGUGGUGGGUGUCGAGGCUGGGUCAGUUGGGCUGAGGGGCGAGAGGCGGGAGGAUGGGGAACGGGAGCAGAGCGGAGGUGGCCGGCGGGUUGCUGCCUGUUCUCGGUGUUUUCUCGGGUAUCGUGGAUAGCCGCUGCAUGUGGGAGAGGGGAGAUAACCAAACAGUAAUGGCUAAUUAAUGAUACUCAGGGAAGCAACUUACUAUCAGGUGGGGGACUGUCAGGUAAAUAAAAAAUGGGAGCUGUCAAUUUAAUUUUAUUAUUAUUUGAUUUAUAUUACCACCCUUUAACCAAACAUCUUGGGGUGCUGCACAACGUUAGGAACAUAAUUUACAGACAUUAUGAUUGCAACAUAAACAGGAAUUGUUCGGGACUGGACCUAACGGUCAGGGGUCCCUUUAGAGAGCAUAGUAAUAGACAACAUAAUGAUAAAAUAGUCGUAAUAACAGUCACAAACUGUGGUCCAGUGACCCAUGAGCCUCAUGCAGCUGCACCACAGCAGCUCAGUUAAAAAAGACAAUUAGAAAUCAUGCGGGAUCUAGUACAGGACGUUGCAGUUGUUGCCACAGAAAGGGAAAACUGUUAUGUGGUCCGUCAAGCCCCUCAUCAAUGUUCAAGAGGUCUGAGGGGGAGAAAAGUUUGGAGUGGGAAAGGGUGAUGGGGAUGUUUGGCACUUAAGGUUUGUAAAGGUAAUGUGUAAAUGAUGAGAAUUGGGAGAUUGUAAACCACAAACCAGUUAUCAAGGGGCACUUGGAUUUUAGCUCUUUAAAAAACCCCUCCUGAGAUCGUUUUAUGAUAUUUCCACCUUAUCCUUCCUUCCAAGGAGCUCAGGGUUUCAUCAGACCCAACUGUGAGCGUCAAUCCUGUGAGAUUUGGCUGAGAAACAAGAGCGUAAGAUGAACCUGCUGAAUGAGGCCAGUGGCCCAUUUUGGUCAACAUCCUGUUCUCACAGGAUGUUCUGACCAGGUUCCUGUGUGAAACUGGCAAGUAGGACCAGAGCAUUUCCCCUUCCUGUGGAUUCCAGCCACUGGUAUUCAGAAGUAUUACUUCUUCCAAUUGUGGAGGCAGAGUAUAGAGCCAUUCUUGUGUAGUGGCAUCUGGGCUUAGUUCCCUUUUCAGCCAUUCAACUAUGUCACUGAGCUACAGCCCUUGCAUAUGGAGCUAAAGUUCUGUUAUAAUGCGUCCUGUUGGAGGAUGCGCUGAUGGAAUGAUCAGAAAAGCACAGCAUUGAAUUCCUAUGUGAUUAGAAUUGGGUACUGGUACCAUCGUUGACCUUAAAUGGUUCAUCAGUUGGGUUCGUUAGUCUGCAAGAGCCUAAUCUGAAAUAGAAAGAGGAGUCUAUUUGCUGACCUUUUUUUUGUUUCAGUGGCUGUUUAGCGCAGUGUACAUCUGACAAAGUCCACAGAGCUUAUUCCACAGUAAACUUACUAGGUUGCGUACACACCAUACAUUAAGGCAGAUUAUUUCCCCCAAAAGAACUGUAAGUGUGUGAGAGGUAAUCUCCGGUCCCAAAAGUCUUUAAAUGGUGUGUAUGUAGCCUAUGUCCUUAAGGUGUCUCAGAAAGGACUCUUCAAUAUUUUUUAAAUUUGCAUUGGCAUGGUCAGUUCAAGCGGUGUGCAUGCACAGGACUGAGAUGGGCAUGUUCAAUGACCUUUAAGAACUAUUGUAAUGCUUGUGUCUUUGUAGGAAUGCGGAGCAGAUUGUGCCAAAUUUCAGAAAAGUGAACUAGAGCACAAAUUCAAUAAGCGAGCCUUGGAGAGGCCAUACACUUCCAAACACUCUUGGGGGAAAACUUAUGGAGAGCACAAGCGCCACCUGGAGUUCAGCCAUGAUCAGUAUCGAGAGUUGCAGCGAUAUGCAAAGGAGAUUGGCAUUUUCUUCACAGCAUCAGGCAUGGAUGAAGUAAGUGAGAUGUUGGUUUUGUUUUAAGAAGGAGCUGCCACAUCUGACAUUACCCGCAACUUGGUGAACAACCCCAUAGUACGCAGGGAACACAGGGAACCAGAAUUUCAAAACCCAACAACCCCUAAGUACGCAGGAUACACAGGGAACCAGAAUUUCAAAACUGUCCUUAGUCCACCUUCAGGUUAGGAAAAGAGUAUUUUUAGAGCAGUGUCUUCUAUCUAGUUGCAACCUUUUCAGUAUAGAUGUAAAAAUCACAUAUGUUUUCCAGUGUCUGACCAUGGUCCCUGCAUAAGGGUUGCCGAUUCCCCCAGAGGGAUCCUCUGUAGUGAAUAGUGUCCUGUCCCGUGACUGUAACACUGAACGCAGAAGUCAAACCUGCUGAAAUUUCCAUUGCGGAAUGUAUGUACUGGUGGGUUUUUUGGAAAUUUUGAAUCCGUAAGUGCUUUGCUGAUGGAAUUCAGAUUUAGCAUCUUUACUGGACUUCCUUUUUUGUGCUUCAAAAAAAAUCACUUAUGAUUACAAUAAAGCAAAACAAGUAAAUGGUUGAAUAUUGUUCUGAAGUUGAGUUGGCAUGCAUUUCACAAGAAAAACUAACAAGGUCAUUACAAAUCAUUUAUUUAUCAUUACAAAUCAUUUAAUCAUAUACAAAUCAUUCAUUACAAAUCAUUUAUUUUCCACAUGUAUUUCAGCUGAUCUACUUUUGCACACUGGGGGAACUUUUAAGAAAGCAGAGAAGCUGAAAUAUUUAAAUAAGGAGAAAAAUAAAGCAUACUCAGUAUAGUUUUAAUGCUUUGUUCAAAGAAACUCAAAACAUGACAAUUCAUGAUUCACUUCCCUCGGAGGCAGUCAGUCUGCUGCCCUCCAGUUGUUUAUGGGCUUCAGCUUCCAUUAGUCUCAGCCAUCAAUCAUUGGUCAGGGAUGAGGAGAGCCUGAGGUGCCUAAAGGGAGAGCUAUGCCAAGGCCUCUGCUGAGGUUCACAUUAGGGGUGGGGUAGGUGGAGGGGGAGUCCUUUGCCUGUGUCUCUUGGCUCAAGAUAAAGCAGCUGAGGUGCAUAAAAUGUUGAGAUUUUUUAUCUCAAGCACUGUGUUGGGGACCUGACAGCAAGUCUCUGAGGCCACUGGGCUUGAGGUAACCAGUUUCCAUUAUGCAGCACUUUGCCUUCAGAAAUGCUAACAGGAUACGGAUAUUAUGGUACAUCCUCAUAGAACUGUAGAAUUGAAAAGGACCCUGAGGAUCAUUUAAUCCAACCCAUUUCAAUGCAGGAAUAUGCAGCUAGCCCAUAAGGGGAUUGAACUUGCAACCUUGGUGUUAUCAGCACCAUGCUCUAACCAACUGAGCUAGACUGUCUGCUUGGUGGACCUAAGGUGUCUGAUUCAGGGUUGGUUAUAUCCAGGUAGAAUCAGUGGCAUUGACAAAUACUCUGAGGCAGAUCUGCAUCCUCCUUCAUUGCUCGGGGUGUGGGGUUGUGUGGGGUUGGGAGGAGUCUUAUUCAGCCCAAGGACAUUCCCUCCUGGACAACAUUCCAGGGGCCACAUGUCAGUUGUAGGCGGAGCAACGGAUGCAGAUUUUGCCCUUGCACAGUAGGCUAGUUUCUGCACAUACUCAUCCCCAACCCUUCCAUCCAGCCAAGCAAGAAGCAUAAUUAGAAUUAAAGGAUACAUUCCAGCCACAGACAAUAUUACCAAAAAAAGAGUGCAACACCGAGAGUCCUGAGGGCCAGAUAGAGAAGCUUGGAAAGCUGCAUUUGAUCCCCAGGCUAUUGUUAGUCACUCUGUUCUGUAUGUUUGGGUUACCAUGAACUCUAGUUUUUAUUUGUAUUCCUUGUGUAUGAGCAUAGCCAUGUGCUGUUCUGCUGUAUGUUUCUGGGAAAGGAGGCACAUUCAUCCAGCUAGAGUGUCUUUAUUUGACAGGUAGAAUGUUAAUGUUAGGAAUCUUUGUGUUCUUUUUUUAAAAAAAGUAUUUCUUCACAGAUGGCUGUAGAGUUUCUGCAUGAUCUGGAUGUUCCAUUUUUUAAAGUCGGAUCAGGAGACACUAACAAUUUCCCAUACCUGGAAAAGACAGCCAAAAAAGGUGAUUUGCUAAUAACUCGCUUAAUAUAGCUACUGUUUCUACUCUCCUAAUGGUAUCACAUCUAAUGAGAGAAUGUAUGGAUUUGAUAGAGCACCCUGCCUUAUUACAGUGCUACCUCCGGUUGUGGACGGGAUCUGUUCCAGAGGUCCGGCCGGAUCCCAAGGUUUUUGCAACUGGAGAGACCGCUUCUGUGCAUGCACAAGCAGCAGUGGAGCGAUUCUGCACAUGCGUGUGCGGCAAAAAACCGAAUUAUACUUCCGGGUUUGUCACUUACGUAUCUCGAAAUUUACGUAAGCGGAGGGAUACGUAAGCGGAGGUAGAACUGAACAGUAGUACCUCGGGUUAAGUACUUAAUUCGUUCUGGAGGUCCGUUCUUAACCUGAAACUGUUCUUAACCUGAAGCAUCACUUUAGCUAAUGGGGCCUCCUGCUGCUGCUGUGCCGCCGGAGAACAAUUUCUGUUCUCAUCCUGAAACAAAGUUCUUAACCCGAGGUACUAUUUCUGGGUUAGCAGAGUCUGUAACCUGAAGCGUAUGUAACCUGAAAUGUAUGUAACCUGAGGUACCACUGUAUAUCCAAAUUAGAUACAAUUGUAAAUAUCAGCUAGCAUAAAAAAUGACAAUAGUUCUUUCAUCUGCAUCCAUAAUGUCUAGUAGAAAUCUUCUACAUUCUUCUCCCACAUUCCCAUUAAUGAUGGAUGGGUAGAGGAGGACUGCCAUUUUCAACUGUAGUCAUGGUUUCGUCCUUACCUCCUAUGAGGAAGAGGGACUUUUCAGUGGUGGCCUCACAACUCUGGAAUUCAUUGUCGGUCAACCUCUGAAGGAUCACUGCACUCCGGUCUCUUAGAAAGACUCUGCAGAUAUGUUUCAGGUUCCUUACAUGACUUUUUAUAUACCUAUCUGUGAAGUACAAAACUGGAUUUUAUGUUCUGGACUGGUUUAUUAGUAUAUCUAGCUUUUUUAGUAUUGAGGUAUCUAUAGUAAUUGUUACUAUAGAUAAUUAGUAAUAAUAGUAAUAAUAUUACUAUUAUUACUAUCUAUAGUAAUCUGUUGCAUUUCAGGUUAUUUUUUUUAAUCAUGUAGGUUCCUUGGAGGAGCUUUGCUCAGAAAAGCGGCCUAUAAAUAGGGAGGGUGUGCAGGCCCCAAGAUUUGUUGUUUAUCUGUGUUUUAAAAACAUCUGACCUGUCUCAGUUGCUCUGUGCUCUCUCCACUUUAAAUCUGCUCUGGGUUGUGGGGUGCUUUGUAUGAAACAAAACUGUGUUCCCCAUUCAUUAAAUGGGGAGUAUAAAAAUGGCUGCAACUUUCCCCCUUAUGGCCAAAGUGGAUGAAAUUUACAGGCAGAAUCAGUGAUUUCUGCCAACCCUUAGGCUUUAUACCAGUUAAAGGACACAUUCCAGCUAAGCAAAAAGCACUCAGGAUAUCAAGGAGGGCCAGUGAGGGGUGUGUUCUGGAGGGGCAUGGCUUGAGUGGAGUCCUGAGAACCAAGUAAAGGCCUAGAGACAAAUUAAUUUGUGUGCACCAGCUGCAGAAAUGGCAUAGGUGGGCUAUGAAUAAGUGGGUUGGUAUCAAACCAUCCAGUUUAUAGGCAGAUAAAAACUAAUUGUCAAGUAAUUGACCAAUUUGUAUAAUGUAGCUGUAGGAGACAGAAUGCUGGAGUUACAAAAUGCUCUCGGUGACCUUCCCUUCUAGGUCGCCCAAUGGUGAUUUCGAGUGGGAUGCAGUCAAUGAACACAAUGCAACAAGUUUACAAGCUGGUGAAAGCCAUUAACCCGAACUUCUGUUUUCUCCAGUGCACCAGUGCUUACCCUCUUCAGCCUGAAGAUGUCAACCUUCGUGUCAUAACGGUCAGUGAGGUGGGGUGGAAGGCAUGGCAAUUCUCCUAAGGUGCCUUAUUUUCCUUCUGAACCAAUGAAUUGAGCAAGAUGACAGAUCAAGUGCAGUUGGGAAUUUGCUGCAACUCUAAGGAGAGGCCUCAGCCCAGCACAGAAUUAAUUUUCCUAAACCUCAUUCCUUUUCUUCUUCUUCAGCAGACUUAAGAGCUCCUUGACUGUGCUAAACUCUGGCCAAAGAAAGUUGCACAUAAAGCACAACUAAAUUUCAUAGCAUUUUGUAACAGCUAAUGUUGGUGGUUAACUGUCCUCUUCUUUGUAUUUACCAUCAACUUUUCUAUCCUUCUAGGAAUAUCAGUCCGUCUUCCCAGAUAUUCCUAUUGGCUACUCUGGUCAUGAGACUGGGAUAGCCAUUUCCAUUGCAGCAGUUGCCAUGGGUGCAAAAGUCCUCGAGCGCCACAUUACACUGGACAAAACCUGGAAAGGCAGUGAUCAUCAAGCAUCCCUGGAGCCAAAAGAACUGGCGGAACUAGUGAGAAGCAUCCGGAUGGUGGAGAAAGCCAUGGGGUCCCCAGUCAAGCGGCUCCUGUCCUGUGAAGUGGCUUGCAAUGAAAAGGUAAAUUUAUUAUUGAGUGCUGCAAGACCCACUUAUUCUGGAUUGCUUAACCUUGGGUUACUGACGGUGGCAGCAGUAUUCAUACACAUCCAUCCUAGUAAGGUAAUACAGAGAUUGCUUUGUAGCGCUUGCCUGCCACUGUAAGAAAUCCUUCUACAGGUGUCACCCCACUUAUGUGCAAUUGAGUCCCGCAUGACCACAUAUGCAUGUGCUGUCAGGAAAUAAAGAAUGGUGGAGGAGAGCUGGAGAGUCCCCAAAGCCUGAGGAGGGUGGAGGUGAGGGUGGAGGAAGCUGGAGGCGCAGUAGUGCUUUGUUUACAUGGCUCAGCUGCUCCGCCUAUCAGCUGAUGUGUGGGGUAGCGCAGCAGCAGCUGCUUUCUCCAUGCAUCCUCCAGCCUCCUGGCGGCCCCAGAGCUUCAAUUCUAGUUGCAGGUAUUAUUAGGUACAGUAUUUUUGGUAUGGAUUGAAAAGAGAGCAGCAGAGAGAGCAUUUAAAGGGUGUUUAAUAUAGGCCCUGUAAGACGUAACUGGAGCUGCUUGGGAUUGAACCUGUGACCUUCUGCACGAAAAGCAGAUGCCCUGUCACUGAGUUGUCAAAGGCUGUAUUAGAUGCAGUGCAUAUACGCCUCCCUUAUUCUUUUACCUCUUGUUUCCAGAUCAGGGGGGGAAAUAGCAGCAUAGUACAAUGAUGAUGAUGAUUUAUUUAUUCCCCAGCCACUCUGAGCAGCUCCCAACAGAAUAUUAAAACACGAUAAAACAUCAAACAUUAAAAACUUCCCUAAACAGGGCUCCCUUCAGAUGUCUUCUAAAAGUCAGAGAGUUGUUUAUUUCCUUGACAUCUGAUGGGAGGGCAUUCCACAGGGCAGGCGCCACUACCAAGAAGGCCCUCUGUCUGGUUCCCUGUAACUUCACUUCUCGCAGUGAGGGAACCGCCAGAAGGCCCUCGGAGCUGGAUCUCAGUGUCCAGGGUGGAGAUGCUGCUUCAGGAAUACUGGGCCAGGGCUGUUUAGCGCUUUAAAUGUUAGCACCAACUCUUUGAAUUGUGCUCAGAAACAUACUGGGAGCCAAUGAAGGUCUUUCAGGACCGGUGUAAUAUAGUCUCGGCAGCCACUCCCAAGUACAAGACAGGCAAGCAGGAGGCACACCAUGCCCUAUGCCAUAGACCUAUGAGCCCUCUGCUGCUGAGCAGCUGUGUCCCAAACUGCUGCUGCAUGUACCACUUGGGAGCUGCACCUAGAGCACAGGCUCGCCACCCCAAGACAUAACCUCCUUCUACUUAUCUUUCUGUAGUUGGGAAAGUCUGUAGUGGCCAAAGUCCGGAUUCCUGAAGGUACCACACUUACGCUGGAUAUGCUCACGGUAAAAGUGGGGGAACCCAAAGGAUACCCGCCAGAAGACAUCUUUGACUUGGUUGGCAAGAAGGUCAGGAUAAAUAUUGGUGAAGAUGAAACCAUCGUCGAAGAUGCCAUCGAAAACCAUGUGAAAAAAGUGAAAUGCUAA